CAUUCUUUCAAAUUGGUUAGUUUUCCGGCGAUCUUCUAUCUUCCUAUGCUCACUUCUUCUACACCGGAAGCCGUGAGAGAUUUGUUUUGAGGAAAGAUGGGCGAUUACAGAAGCGUCGGCAGUAAUUUUCAUCCAUCAUGUCAGUCUCGAAAGAUUUCUAUAGGAGUUAUGGCUGACUCACUACCAAAGAGAAACCCUGGCCCAGAUAAGGGUGAUGGAGACCAGUUGAAGUCACUAACCGUAGUAACUGAUUCACAGCUGAACAGGAAAGUUGUAGCUCCUAAUCAGAGGAGUUCAGCUAAGGGCACUGAAUAUGUGACCUCACCUUCCUGGAGGACUCGAGAGAAUGCUCUUUGUAAGCAAGCGUCUAGCUUUUCUGGUAUUAAAGGAUUAAGCAAGGGAUUAGAUGGAGCACAUCAGGCACCAGCUCGUGACUCAUUUCAGAACUUCCCCAUCUCUAGUCCUCAGCGUGGGGAUGAUGAGCUGAACGGAGGCAGGAACGGUAAAGAGAUUGAUACAAGUCCAGAGAUGAUGGGGGAACUUCAAUCUGUGGUCUUGCAGCAAAAGGUUGCGUCACAGAGAGAGGAGAUGGAUAAACCUGACAAGGACAGAAUGGGAAGUACUGCUGUUUUGAGAUCAAAGCUGUGGGAAACAUUGGGGAAAUCUUCGAGAGCAAAUAAUGAAGAUGUCAACUCUGAGACCCCUGAAGUGGUUAAGACCAAGUUCAAGUUGAGUCAAGACAAGGGUUCUAACAAUGAUCCUCUUACGAAGCCUAGACACAAUUCAGAUUUUAUUGAAACUAGUCCUGAAAGCCAUGAAAAUGCAGCCAGAAGACCAGUAACUAGAUCUUUGUUGCAGAGAAGUGUAGGAGAGAAAGGUGUUCAGAAGAGAGCCAAAUCAGGUGGCAAAAGCGCAGAACAAGUAUACAAGAUAUUCUCCUUUGAAGAAGGUUUGAGCGGGAAGACUGGCACCGCCAGUUUUAUGCCGAAGAAACAAAGGGGUGGGAGAAAAAGUACUGUUGUAACAUGCCGCAAGGUUCAGUCUCGUGAAAAGAGUGACGCUAAAAGAAAGAGAACUGGCAAAAGGUCUUCAUUAUCAGACAAAAAGGGAAGUUCCCUUCAUCUUCAACAACAGACCAAAGCCAGGAAACAGAAACCAGAUAUUAUCACAAGGGAAAAAGAUUUUCAUUCACUGCGAGAAGCAGAAACAGCAGCUACGCGUGAGAUGUUCCAUGGAUUAUCUAAAAAUGGAGAUGAACAGGAAAGGUUGAGUAAAGUUCUCAGGGAAAGGUCUGUAGAGCCAGAAAACGAGUUGCAGAGUCCAACGUUUGGAUAUAAAGCACCAAUCUCAACCCCUUACCCCUGUUGGUCUCCCGAAGCUUCUCCUUUUCAUCCUAGGAAUAUUAAUCUCGCUUUUGAUGAGACUGAAACACCAAUUCUUAGCUUCGGUGCUAACAAAACCUUCCAAAGGACAAAAGGCCAAGCGUCAGAUACCGAGAAGAGAUUACCUGACUUCUUGGACAAGAAAGGAGAUUAUUCUUUCCGAAGAGAGAGCUCUGGUGAGCCAACUGAAGAUUUAGUUCUCUCAGAUCCAUCGUCUGAUGAGGAAGGUUCAGAUAAAUCAAGAGAAGACUCGCCUGCGUUGGGCCACUGCAACAGUCCUGAAGAAAGAGAAACUGUUCACUGGAAUAGCGAGAAAUCUAAGCCAGGCUUUAGCUCAGCUAAAAGGAACUCUAACCCUAAGGACAAUGGACGUGUCGUGUUGGGUCCUACCUCGUCUUUGUCCAAAGGGAUCCGUAAAAUCAAUUCCUUCCAGCAAUUUUCAGAGAUGGAGGAAGAUGAAGGCUUGGGAAGGGCUGUUGCGUUGUUUGCUGUGGCUCUCCAAAACUUCGAGAAGAAACUGAAAUAUGCAGCUAAAAAGAAGUCAUCAGAAAUUAUAGCAUCAGUCUCCGAGGAGAUUCAUCUAGAGUUGGAGAAUGUCAAGUCUCACAUCAUAACAGAAGCGGUAAAGACGAGUAAUGUAGCCAAAACUAAGCGAAAGCAUGCUGAAACAAGAUUACAAGAGGAACAAGAAAAAAUGAGAAUGAUCCAUGAAAAGUUAAAGGACGAUGUCGGUCAACAUCUGGAAGAUUUACAGAGUACUAUUAAAGGGCUUGAAGCAAACCAUUCAGAGUUAAAAGGAACCAUAAAGAAGCAAAGAACAUCACACCAAAAACUCAUGGCACAUUUUGAAGGAGGGAUCGAGACAAAGCUGGACAAUGCAACAAAAAGAAUCAAUUAUGUCAACGAGUCUGCGAGACGAAAUAUGCUGCAGCUGAAGAUGGUUGUCGCUGAGUGUUUGAAGGAUGGUGUGUUAGAUUAACUGACCCUAGUCCCUAGUCCCUAGUCUCACCAAAUCAAUCACACCUAAGCAACAGAGAAGCAAAACCAAACUAGGUUCAACUAAACUAAGGCAAGAAAAGGCCGAAUUGAGGGAGACGUUCUUAUUUUCUUACAUGCAUUUCAUAUCGGUAUUAAAAAGCCAAAACAAGUUGAACAACUUGCU